AUGGAACACAGAAUUGAAGAGUUGGAAGAGCUCGUCAAGAUACUGGAGGACGAACGAGACAUGUCAGAGCUGAUUACUUCCGAUUCCUGGGUCUCCAUCGGCGCGGUCGCCAAAAAGCUCAGCCGGGGCCGCCAAGCAAAGGGCGCCAAGACCGCCUCGACUACGCGUGAUACUGGGGUUGGACCAUCUUCCAAGAGUGCGACCCCAGUCAUCCAACCACCGGAGGAAGAGGUCGUCGGACAGCCAGAAGUAGAAGCUUCCGAACAACCUGCUCACACGUCGCCGAAGAAAAGGGCUGGAAAGGAGAAAGCCAAACAACCGAGUUCAGAGGACGAGGAUGUCGGCUCUCCUGUAGCCACUGAUCGUCGGGAGCCGAGUGUCGAGAAGAACGUCGACGAGCAGCCGGCGAAGAAGUCUAGACCGGCGAGAGGCAAGGCCGCCAAAAAGACCGCCAAAGCCGCUGUGCGCAAGAACAAUGACGAGGAUACCCAUCAAGAAGUGGAGGAGGAGGAGAGUAAUGAGCACGCGGCUGUGGUGGCCAAACCCCGUGGAGCAAAGAAGCCCGUCGUCGCCGUUCCUCGUGCACGUCGGAAACCGACCACAAAGGCCCGGGUGGCGGAACCACCAGGUGAGAAAGAUCCGGCCGACGAGCGGAAGAUCUUCCAUUCCAAGAAGCCGGCGUUGGCCUGGGCCAGUCAUCGGGGCGAAGAGAAUAACAUGCUCGGGCUCCCCCCGGAACUCAGCCCGAUCAAGAAACCUGCGCCCCGGGCCGGCGCGGGCAAGAAACGCGGGCCCGGUAAGGCCGGCAAUAUCCUCCCGCUCUCGCUCUUGAAAUGA